GUUUCCCAUUUUUUUUGAAUUUUCUACUGAAGAUGUAAGUUGCCAAGCAAGGGAAUGAAUAGGUUAGUAAUUUCAGCGGUUUUACGAGACAGUGGAACAUUAAAGUUAUCUCGACGCCACAGUAUUUUCGAGCACAAAACCAAAGGAUCUUCUUACAUGAUACACUUAGAUAUAUAUGCUCGACGAGACCCUCAACUUGCGCCAUACCUUCUCCAAGAAAUAGACAUAGAAUACAAGCGGAAAUGUCGAAAAGUAAAUUUUUUAAUCUGGCUUCUUACCUUUACUUUAGUUGUUGCUUUCCAGACCCGUCUUCAGGGGGAAACUUUACAUUACAUGCAAUUGUAUGCAUCCCGCAUAAAGGCAGAGCACAUAUCAAGAGAUGAAGAUUACACUCAACGUCUCAAAGUAUUUCUUUGUUUGAUGAAUACAAUAAAAGAUUCAUUCGACCGUGACCAAAAGUGGACCAAGGCAGAUGAAUCUAAGGCACUCAAAUGUUUUGAAAAGUAGUACCUUAUUGAUCAUAAUUCAACAUUGCUUCUUUAUAAGUUUAUUGGUUAUAAUUACUAAUAUUAGACCUAGCUAUAAAUGUAGAAAGCAGUUCGGUGUCUUCAGAUUUUUUUUGCAUAAUAAUGAAUUACUCUGAAAAUAUAUGUUAGGAUAAUUCGAUACAAUAAGCAAAAA